AUGGACCGUGCUAACCCCAAAGCCUCGACAAAUACCGGGAUACUCCGCCCCCUACUCCGUCGCCCCGGUCUUCUAGUCUUCACCGUCGCCGUAGCAGGCUCCGCCGUGGCGGUCAAGUACAUGGCGUCGAGGAUGAAGGACAACGAGCUCGCGCAGAAGAACUCGGACUCGCCCAACUUCUACGUCAGCGUCGAUCGCAGCGGAGGAGGCGUAUGA